GCGCUCCACUUUCUUUCUCCUCCCCUAUUAGUAUUACAUCUCCACAGUCGGUCUCUGAACUCGGUGGCGGCUCGUCUCACAACCCCAGCUCGCCAUCCCUCCCUCCGCUCGCCAUGGGAGACCACCUCCAGCAGCCUGACGAAGAACGCAGUGAGUUCAGUGACAGCGGCAAGAGGAAGUUGGAGGACACAAUCGAACUCGCCAAACAGAAAGCUCAAGAAAUCGCCGCUCGGCUUAUUAGCGACGCCGCCGACCCCAAGCGGCAGCGCCUCGGUUCGGAAAAUCCCUCGGAGCCUUCUCCAUGGACUAAUUCCGCCCCGCCAGCUCCUUCUUAUCCUGUUUCGUAUGCUGCUCAAACAAGUCAAUACGGUGUUCAGAGCAGUAAGAAGAUCACUAUACCCAAUGGCAAGGUUGGGGUUGUUAUAGGGAAAGGAGGAGAAACAAUCAAAUCAAUUCAACUUCAAUCAGGAGCGAAGAUACAAAUUACAAAGGACCAGGAAGCUGAUCCCCAUGCUCUAACCCGGGAUGUGGAUUUGACGGGUAAUCCAGAUCAAAUUAGUAGAGCAGAGCAACUUAUAAAUGAUACCAUCUCGGAGGCAGAUGCAGGGGCCUAUUCCAACUCUUCACAGGGGUCAAAUAUAAAGCAAUAUGGAGCUGAACAGUUCUCUAUAAAAGUUCCAAAUGACAAAGUGGGAUUGCUCAUUGGGAAGGGAGGUGAAACUAUAAAGUAUAUGCAAAACACAUCUGGAGCUAAGAUGCAGAUUAUUCCCCUGCACCUUCCAGCUGGUGAUCCAACAACUGAGAGAACUGUAUACAUAAAUGGUACUGCAGAACAAAUUGAGGCAGCCAAAGAAUUGGUAAACGAGAUAGUUAACGGGAAACGGAUCCAAACUUCAGCUGGAACUAACACAUACCAACAACAAGCUUAUCAGCAGCCUCCUUACUGGGCUUCAGGAGGACAACCUCCGAUGCAAGAACAGCAGGCCCAAUAUGGUUAUCAGCAGCCCGGAACUCAUCCUACUCCCCCUGCAUACUAUGGUAACUAUGCUACUCAACCACCAGCUUGGGACCAGUCAAGCCAAUCUACUCAACCGCCUCAUCAAUCAACUGGCUAUGGUUACUAUGGACAACAUCAACCACAAAUGGGAGCAGCACAAGUUAAUCCCAACUAUGGCUAUGGGCAGGCACCCGGGGCUACUGCCAACAACUACAGUCAGGGUUACGGUCAACAGCCUUCAAGUUAUGGGCAGGGUCAGGCAGCGCCAACAAAUGACCAGCAAAAGCCAUAUCCAACUUCGGGUUAUGGACAAAGUACAGAUGGGACAGCAGCAUCAUCUCAGCCGAGUCAAGAAGUUCCUGCAUAUCCCCAGGCUGCCUAUAAUCAUCCUUACUGGAAUUCUUCUGGGUACCCAGGGCAACCAGCAGCUGCUCAAACAGGUUAUGAUCAGACCGGUUACUCACAAGCGGCUUACGGGACAACCACUCAGCAAGGUUAUGGACAAGGUGGGUAUGCUGCUCAGCUUCCUGCUGCAGGAGAUUAUGGUCAAGGUGCAUAUUCCAGUGGUGGUUAUGGCCAACAGCAAGUGGAGACGAAUCCCCAGACAGGGACAGCGGCCAAUGGAGCUACGGAAUCCGGAGGUUAUGAGGUUACCACCAACAAUGAGAAUGGUGGGCAGUCGGGAGAUGGCUCGAGCAAUGGUGUGAAAAAAGAAGGGGCGCCGCCUUCUGAAUCUUGAAAACAGCAUUGAGGAUUUGACAUUUGUAUGUUUAGUUGUCUAUGGUCUCUUCUUGUCUGCUUCCUGGUUAUCCCUUAUGCACUUGUAUACUAAAUUUGCAGGGUCGAAAAGAAACGAUGUCUAGGCUUUUAUGAUUUGCGAAAUUUUGUCUAAGAUGAUUAUUUGAUGUCUGAAACGGGUUAAGCUGUGUAACAAACAAUUAGAAUGACUUCUAUCGAAGCAGAUCUCUCUACACUGCCUUCUCUGUUUCAGCCUUGUGGCGAAUUUCGACUAUUGGAUCUGUCUGAUAUAGGUAAACUAUGUAAGAUCAAUUUACAUUGGAUGUUUGAUAUA